AUGGCUCAACCACAAACACCAAAUGGCAGCGUAGACAUUCCUAACGCCUCUGUUCCUUCUUCUGUGCAGCUCAGAUUGAAGAACAUGCCUCCAAGAUCCCGCUCCUACAUGGCCGAACCUAACAAGAUCGACGCAAAGUACGUUAACCCUGAAUCUCCUCCAUUCCCUGCCUUCCGAGGCUAUCACACGUUCUCCUUCGCAAACGAUGUCAUGGGCCGUCGUUUGCCUACCAUCCUCGGCAAAGCCAUCGAAGACACAAUCAUCACUUUAAAUGGACUUUCAAAGGAAGAUGAGAUUCUUGACUUACUUUCCUGUAUUGAAAGAAUGGAUACACUCAUGGACGAUCUCAAAUCAAACAAGAAGCUCACACCUAUCCCUGACGAUGGCUCUGGUGAUAUCGCUAUCUGGAACAAGGAAAUCGCGAAGUACUUCCAAGGAAAGGACUUUAUGAGCGCUCCAUGGAUCUUUGCUGAAGCUUACAAGUACCGUCGUCUUCACUCUUGUUUCUCCUUCUCCAAGUACUUCCAGGACUACGACGUAUUCUUCAGACAAAAGUGUGACACUUUCGCCCGCUCAUCUCACGCCGUCUUUGAAUUAGCUACGCGUUUUGCUGAGCCCUUCCACAUUCCAAAUGACGAUGCCAAAAAACUCAUUUUCAUGGAAUUGUUCCAAGUUUGUUUAUGGGGAAACUCUACCGAUCUUUCCCUCCUGAUCGACAUGACUGAGGAAGAUAUUAAAAACUUGCAAUCAACUGGCGGAGAUCAACUCGCUGCCACGCAGAAAAACAUCCUCGGUAACGACAUAGAAAGAGUCUGGAAUCAGUUGAAGAACAACAAAAACGGUAGAAUCGACUUUGUCCUCGACAAUGCCGGUUUCGAGUUGUUUACUGAUUUGGUAUUGGCUGACUUCCUUAUCCAAGCUGGCUUAGCUGAUCAAGUCAAAUUUCAUGGAAAGAGAUUUGCUUGGUUCGUUUCUGACGUAACUAAGAAGGACUGGGAAUGGUUAAUUAACUCUGCAUGCUAUGGUAGAUUGUUCAAGGGUACUGCAGAGGAACUGAACUCAUUACGUGCUUUGGGUAAUCGUUGGAAGAGAUACGAACAGCAAGGAAAGAUUAUAUACGAGCAACACCCAUUCUGGAUCUCUGGUUACACUUUCUAUCACUUGCUUGAGGUCAGCCCUGAUCUGUUCUUGGAUCUUCACCAAUCCAAGUUGGUCUUCUUCAAGGGUGAUCUCAACCACCGCAAAUUGACCUACGACUGUCGCGCUCCACCAACAACACCAUUCAGUGAGGCCAUCGGUACUUUAGCAUCGGCACCUGGAGCACCACCUGUCUGCUCCAUGAGGACUAUCAAGUCGGAUGUCGUCGUCGGUUUACCACCAGGUGUUGCGGAGAAGUUGGACAAGGAAGAGAAGGAUUGGAGAUUAUCCGGUCGUUACUCUGUCAUUCUGAUGUCUGACGGAAGACCAAAUGAAGAUGUAGACUAUGAAUACACUCCUUAA